UCCCAACCCCCGACCCAAUGUCCACCACCGACGUCUCGGCCGCGCUGACGGCGCUCGAGGCGCUGGCGUCCGCGAACGCCACGUCGUCCUCCGGCCCACUGAAUACCCUCCUCGACGCGCACUUUGCCGUCGCAAAGGAGCGACUGCUGUCCGGCGCGCCGCCCAAGCAUGUCAUCACCGAGCUGCAGGCGGCGGUGGCCAAGUCGAAGAAGGAGGUCGAGAAGGGCCUCAAGGCGUGGUAUUCGCAGCUCGGCGGCCUGGGCAAGAAUAUUGAGAAGGCAUUCCCGCCCAACCUCGCAGCGCUCAGCUCGGCAUACGACGACCCGCCGCUCUUCUCCGAGCCAGCGGCGCAGGAUGCGCUCGACCGCGUUGUGCUCGACUCGCUCGGCCGCCGGGGACUAUGGGACGCGGUGGCCGCGUUCGAAGAGGAGACGGGGCUCACAUACGACCCGGAGAAGCGGCGGCUCAGCGAGGAGCUGCACCGGAUCGUGUCCGAGAUUGAGGCAGGCGACCUGACCUCGGCGAUAGCCUGGGCAGAGGAGAACAAGGCGUUUCUCGCUGCUGGGCCGCACCCGUCCGACCUCCCGUUCAGCCUGCACCGCGCCGUGUUCCUGACCUACAAGGACGGCAAGCAGGCGCUCCAGUAUGCGCGCGAGCACCUCUUCGGCUACCUGCCCCAGCAGCGGGUGCUUGCCCUCGUCACGUCGUGCCUGUACGUUGAGGGCGACGAGUCGCCAUACCCCAACGAGGACAAGCCCCUCGCGGCCAUGUUCCGCACCGACUACUGCCGCCUGCACGGCUGGGCGCGCGAGGACCCGCUCGAGGUGGUGGUUGAUCUGGGCUCGCGCGGCGGCGCGCUCAACUCGAUCGAGAAGGCGCGCAAGGUCAUGGGCGAUCGGCUGGGCAACGUGCGCACGUGGCACGAGCUUCCGAUGGAGGUCCCGCUCCCCAACGGACGCCAGUACCACGCGGUAUUUGUCUGCCCCGUGUCCAAGGAACAGACUACAGAGACCAACCCGCCCAAGAUGCUCCAGUGCGGGCACGUCAUCGCGCAGGACAGCUUCAACCGUAUGCUGGCCAAGGGAGCACCCAGUCGUCGCCCAGUCAAGUGCCCUUACUGCCCUCAGGAGACGAGCGCCCAGCAAGCGCAGCGCCUGUACUUCUAAACUCUUCUCGUUGUAGAUCCCCCUGCUUGUUGUCUAUACCAUCAUAUAUCGAGUCGCCGGCAGCUACAGCCUGCUCCGUAACGACCGCAACCCCAACGAUUGCCAGUUAUUAAGCCGAUGCAUAGUGUACAACAUGG